ACUCUUGAGCUUUUGUUUCAUUUAUUUUUAUAAUUAGUUGAAUUGACAUCUUUUUUUGGGUUCUAUGUUUGAUCAUUGGCGAGUAAGUGUCUUAACUACACAAUAAAUGUUGACUUUUUGGUGUCUACCCCACCAAUUUUAAGAUUGAUUGUGUGUACUGCCAAGAGUAAUUAGGAGGUAGAUCAAAAUCAAAUGGGUUUUUUAGCUAGAUUGACUAACAUCUAAUACAAACUAGUAAAAAGGGCUAUGAUGACAGCUAGGUAGAUCAAAAUCAAAUGGGUUUUUUGUCAAGGGGGAAAAAUAAGACUACCUUCUCUCCUCUUAGAUCACCACACAUAUAUAAGCACUCCUACACCAUUAGAACUAUUUGAAUAUACAUGUAUAUAUAUUAGGUCCAUACAAGCCUAACAAAUAGAGAGAGAGUAAAGGAAAGAAAGAAAGUCAUGGGGAGACCUCCUUGCUGUGAUAAAGUUGGCAUCAAGAAAGGUCCAUGGACUCCCGAAGAAGACAUCAUCUUAGUCUCUUAUAUUCAAGAACAUGGUCCUGGAAAUUGGAGAUCAGUGCCCACCAACACUAGUUUGUUAAGGUGUAGCAAGAGUUGCAGGCUUAGAUGGACUAAUUAUCUAAGACCAGGAAUCAAGAGAGGGAAUUUCACUCCUCAUGAAGAAGGAAUGAUAAUUCACUUGCAAGACCUAUUGGGUAACAAAUGGGCAGCAAUAGCUUCUUAUCUUCCACAAAGAACAGACAAUGACAUAAAGAACUAUUGGAACAUCCACUUAAAGAAGAAGCUUAAAGAACAGACAAAGACAACACAAUUCUUGGCAUCAAAGAGUAGUUUUGUUGAGGGAAGAAGCUCUGUUCAUCAUCAUCAUCAUCUCACUAGCAACCAUGGAUCCUCACUCUCUCCUCCUCUAAGGAUUAACCAAACCUCCUCCUCAUCCACAUAUGCUUCAAGCACUGAAAACAUCUCAAGACUCCUUGAAGGUUGGAUGAGAUCACCACCAAAUAAUAAGUCUAAAGAUCAUCAAAACAAUCAUGAUAUCAUGAUUGCCACCUCAUCAUCAUCACAAGCCAUGACUAGUGGUUCUACUACUACUACUGCCCCUCUUCAUUGUUAUAAACCAAAAGCUGAGCAAGAAUGUGGAGAUGAUCAUCAUAUGAUAUCCAGCGAUGAAUUUGAAUCAAUUUUGUCGUUCAGGAACUUGAAUGCUAACAAUUCAGGAUGGGGGAAGUCUAGCUUUGAUUGUGAGUCAAAAGGGUGUCUAGACGAUGAUUUUGUGGAGGAUGAGAUUGGGAUGGAUAAGAAGCAAAGGCAAAGUGAAAGUCAAAGCAUGAAUUACACUACCCCUCCUCCUCCAUUAUCAUUUCUUGAGAAGUGGCUUUUGGAUGAAAAAUGGUGCUCAAGUUGAAGAUAUGAUGGAUGCAUAAAAGACCUGGCUCGGAGAAAGGAAGAAGAAGAAGUACUAUUUGCAUUAUUUACUUUCUCUAGGGUUUUAAUCUUUUUAUUAGAUGUGAGGUUCUGAAAACUUGGGAUCCCUUCUGUAAUCAACAUCAAGUGUGUGUGUGUGUGUGUGUGUGUGUGAUAUCUUUCAACUUCUUCAAUUUAUUUAUUUUUAGGUGAGCAUAUAAGUUUUUAGAUAGGUGAAGACAUUUCAUAUUGAGGACCAUUUACAUUU